GAAACAAAAAAGAACUACAAAUCAAAUAAAAAAAAAAAAAAUAAAGCCCUCGAUUUAAAGAGAUAAACACUGAACAAAAAAAACUACAUACUUUCUUUAAAUACACAAUAAUCAAUCAAACAAAACAACAAACCACAAUUAUGUUAUCAUUCUUUCGUAAGAUGUCGACAACGGACAAUGUGCCAACGGCAACGACAACACCAGUCAAAAGUCCAAUAAUAGAUAACAAAAAUUUACAACACCAGCAAUCUUCAUUUGACGAGGAAAUUCCAAUUGGCGAAGAAGCUCUUUUAAAGGAAUUAGGUUACAAAGAUGCACAGGAACUACAAGAGACAUUAUUUGAUGUUUUGCGUAGCAUUCGUGACCCAGAAAAACCAUGCACUUUGGAAGACUUGAAUGUUAUUUAUGAAGAAGGAAUAUUUGUAUUGCCACCAACUAAAUCUAAUGUUUAUGUGGUUCGAGUUGAAUUCAAUCCCACUGUGCCACACUGUUCACUAGCAACUUUAAUUGGUCUAUGCAUUCGAGUGAAGGUGGAACGAAGCUUGCCACAUAACGUUAAAUUGGAUAUUUAUAUUAAAAAAGGUGCCCAUUCAACAGAAGAUGAAAUUAACAAACAAAUAAACGAUAAGGAGCGAAUAGCAGCAGCAAUGGAAAACCCAAAUCUUAGAGAAUUGGUAGAAAAUUGUAUCAAAGAUGAGGAUUAGUUUAAGUUUUUUUUUGUUUUUUCUUAUUUUUUCUUUGAAGUAUUUUGUAUUUAUCUUGGAAAAAAGUGUUGUAUUUGAUUUUGUAUUUUAAAUAUUUUCCUAAGGCAAUAAUGGCAUGGAGCGGUGCUCUAAAAAAAAAAUAGUGAUUAUUAUUGACUGUAGAUCUAUUUUUACUAUUAAAAAUAUUUAGGCCUAUAGGUUAUCUAUAGGUAAAAAAGAUUGAUAUACCAGAGUAUUUGUAAACUGAUUAAAGUGCAUAUGUAACAGUUUUUAUUACCUUGCA